AUGGUGGGUGCUCUUUCCAUUGCCGACAUCGACGAAGAACUCAACAAGAUAUUCAAAGAACACCCAAAGUCCUCUACCAACGAGAGCAAUGAGCCCGUUAUCCCUGCGGACUGUCUCGUCGAGGUCAUGAAAAGUCUUUCUGACGUGUACGAUGGCACACCUCUCAUGACCGACGAGGAGAUUGCGAUGCUGCAAAACCUCAUCGCAGCCAACCCCGGACUCGAAGUGACGCCCGCAAUCCUUCUCCAAUUCAUCGCAGAGAAGACCAAGGCUGCUACACCACCGCAUACACCCUCACACGAAGACACCAUGAACGACGAACGCGAGGGAUACGGACACACAAGGACGGACAGCAACGAAUCCAUGGACUUUUAUCGCAAACCUCCCAGCCGACCUCCUUCAAGGGGUCCCACCACGCCGGGGCCUUCCAUUAAGUCACCUCUAGACUCGGAGCGCAGGCAGCGUUCGACUCCGCUGGCUGCCCCGUCGAGUUGGGCCAAACGACCGACACCCGCAGGACGAAGGAAAAGCGAUGCCGGGAGCCGAAGCGACAACGAGAACGGAACCCCCAGCGCCUGGGGCAGGACAAGUGGACGACAUAGGGCACCAUCCAACCCGACUUCACCCUCCUCUUCUUCACGCGACCUUACCUUCGAGCCAGACUCCCCGGACUUUGGGCGAUCCAUGUCGCGACCGGCAUCGCGGAACCGGCCUCGUUCGCAGAACGGGUACAACAGCAGCUUUGACCUGGGCUACUCCUCCCCGGACGACAACUACACCGUGAAACGCCCAAUGUCACGGUACGGGCACAACUACAACAACUCAUUCGACAAUGCCGUAUCAUCCCUUCCGAUGCCGCGUGGACCUGGUGGAUCUGACUCGGACGAGGAGGACGACCUCGCGGCUGCCUUGGUGCCUGACCGGCAGAUGGCGGCGUCGUUGGUGUCAAUGGAGGAUCAUGAGCGAAUGGAGGCGCUGCAGAGAAACAACGAAGAACUAGGCCGCAAACUGAUGGAUGCGGAGCGAACUCUGCAGAACAAGCUCGAGGAGCACGAAGUUGAGCUGGAAGAGACUCAUGCGCGUCUGGAGGAGCUUCGGAGUGAGCUGAGCGCGUCCAACAGAGAAGAGAAGGAACUGCGGGCCAAAGACUCACGUAACAUGGCUCAAAUUGCUGCUCUUGAAGCGGCGGUCGCCAAAGCACAACACUCGCUCGAGAUCUCCAAGUCGACCUACAGCAGCCUGCAGAAGCAGUACCAAGAGCAGUGCGCGAUUUCGGAGAAGUAUCGUUAUGACCUACGUCAACGUGACGAGACAAUUCGGGGCUACCAGGAGUCCGCGUCGUUACAGGAACUCGAGACACGUAAAUUCACGAAGGAGCAAGAAAUGUACGAGGAGCGCAUCGCGGCACUCGAGGCAGAGCUCAAUAUUGCCAUGCAAGCGCACACACAGCUCGACGAGCAGAAGCAGGAAAAUCUGCUCUUGAAGGAGACCAUCGACCGUCUGCGCUUUGAGAUGGACGAGAUGCGCAGCGCUGCUACGAUUAACAUUCCUGGAGGGGGUGCCAGCGGAGGAAGUAGCGCGAUGAACACGAUCAGCAAGAGCUUGGGGGCAGAGCUCGCCGGCAAGAUGAAGUGGAUGGCUGAGCAACAUGAAGAUGAAGACGUUGUCAGUGAAGCGAGCACUGCUGUCGAGCUUGAGGAAGAAUCGACAGCAGGAGAAGAUCAGGACGAGGAGGACGUCAUUCAAACCAUCAUUACUCGGAAGAGGAAAGUCGCCAGUCGCGCCAAGGAGAUCCUGUCUAAAUCAACUCGAAGAGAGUUUGAGGAGAUGAAGGAAUACUCUGACAGCGCGACUCAGUAUGAUCCAACUCUGUUCAACGUCAACCAUGGCGUGCAGACUGAGUCAGAACGAAAACCUGUCAAGACGUCGUUCAGUAUACAAACCGAUCCCCUUCCCCAACCCAAGGUCAUUCCUCCGCCCCUACCUCGCAUUACCGUCGAGAUGGACGUCCAGACCGAUCCUCAGGAAGAAGAGCCAACACCAGGCCAACCUUCAAGGUCGCCUUCUCCGGGCCAGGACGAGAGCAUGGCUUCGUCCUCGUCAACUAUUGUACCGCCGACGCCCAAGCCCAGCAAGAACCGGCUGCUCGACCCCCUCGACGAGCCGCCCGACUACCACCAAAUCACAGAAGCAGACCACGAAGAGCGCGAGUGGGUCGUGCUCAAGAAAUGGCACACAGGCGGCAAACACCCCUUGGAGGCUGUGCCAGGUGGCAUCUCCGAGGACGCUAUCGAGGACUGGAAGGCGCUCAAGCAGGAGCUCGGCGUCGAGUGCCUCGUCAUCGACAAGAUCGUCGAAGCCAGCGCGGUCAACGCGUCCAGCAGCUCCUCGAGGUCCACAAAGGACAGCAAGGCGUCAAGGCGCUCUGGCCGGUUUUACAACAUCUACAAUACGUAUGUGUAUGGCGACAAAGGUCCCGGCUCGUCGUCAGGCGGGCCGUCCGCUUCAGGCAUCGCGAGCCAGGUCGCGAUGUACGUUGGCGCUGGGGCACUCGUCAUCCUUGCAGUGACGCCCUACAUCAUCCCACAGUACCACAUCCCCGGUGGGCCCACGUAUUACGAUCGCUGGGCGUGGAACAGCUUCAACUCGAUGCAGGCGGCAGGUGAAGGCUUCUCGCCUGAUGGGACGGCGGCUGUAUGGAAUAUUUUGGGCCGUGUGGGCGGUGGUGCUGCGCGCAUCGCGCGUGGGUGGCCGACAUAA